CUUCCGAGUCAAAAAGGGCCAAAUAUUCCCCGAUCCACGUCUACUCCCACGCGCCACCCUCAACACGUGGGUCACAUCUGCAAAGACCAAGCAAAUGUCAACGUUCCGACCAAAUCGAAAUUACGGCCGUCAUUCUCUUCCCUUCUUCUCAGUGACAAAAUCCUAGCCCUCAAUUCCGCCGUGGCCAGCACGCGACUCGCAUUUUCGCCUCUCCUCCUCUUACCGACCACUAUUCUUCUCCGAUAUUAGGAAAAACAAAAUGAGCGAUUUGCAGUAAACACUAAAAUCUUAGUGAGAGAGAGCAGCUGAUUGAUAGAGAGAGAAAGUGCGUGGGUGAAGAUUUGCCAAAAGUAUGUGUUCAUUAUUGUGAUUCAGUUUAAACCCUAAAUCUCGGAUAAAAUUGAUGUAGUUUGCAUAAAUCCGUUUUGUUUUGGGGCAUCUAUGAGUAUUUACGGCUUAUAAAGUUCUCAACUUGCGAGUGUGUAAAGAUUUGUUUCUCGUUGUUUUGAGCUAUAUGUUUGUGCUAUGAAAUCAUAUCGUCUCUAACGGCUGUUUGCUUAGGGUUUCUAUCUCGUUUCAUAUACUAGUGCGUGUGCUUCUACGUGUUGUUUGUCUACAAUAAGCUUGCUUGAGAGGUAAUUCUGUGUUUUUAUCAGUACAUAUACUAGAGUGUGUGUGUGCGCGCGCACACACUACGUGUUCUUUGUGUAAAAUUAGCUUGAUUGAGAAGAAAUGCAGUGUUUUUCUUAUCAGUACAUAUACAAGUGUGUGUGCGCGCGCGUACGCUUCUACUUUGUUCUUUGUGUAAAAUAAGCUUGUUGAGAGGAAAUUCUGUACUAUUUUUUAUCAGUAGGGAUUUAGUUUUUUCUUAAGCAGUAGGAAUUUGGUGAUGACAAAUUACUCAAUUUGUUGAAGAGCAAGUUAAUUGACAAGUAUUUAUGCAACUGCUUUUUUCAUACCUAUUCAAUUAGGGUUUUGUUGUUGAAUGUAUGACUUCGGGAACAAUGGCGAAUGAUGAAAAUGGAGGAUCGAAAGAGCAGCAGAGGUUGACUGAAAGCAAAGUCUACAGACGGAAGUCAUUUAAAGGGUUAAAUAAUAUAGGGAAAACAGCUCUGGAAGAUGGCAAUUCGUCUAAAAAAAUAGUUGGUUUUUGCUUAGAUGCUGCCUCAGAAGGUUCUUCGAGUCUGAACCGUUUCUUAACAUUAGAGAAUACCGGAAUAUUGGCAGGUAAUGGCCAAGAGAAUAGUGCUAGAAUCAAUUUAGCGUUUAAGUCCAAGCGUGAGAUGAGAGAGCUAAGAAGGAAGCUGCAGAGUGAGUUGGAUUUGGUUCAGAGUUUGGUGAAGAAGAUCGAGAGGAAAGAUGCACAGAAGAUCGGCACUGGAAUUGAUAAGGAUAGUGGGGUACGACAGGUACAUUCAGAUGUCUCACAAAUGGGGCAACAGCUUGAGUCCAGGCCUUUGAAUCAGUUAAGCGUAUCCGUCUUGGAGAACAGCCAUGGCGUGGUUGAUAAUGCGGAGAAAGAGAAGAGGACACCAAAGGCAAACAAAUUUUAUAGGAACUCAGAUUUCUUAUUAGCUAAAGAUAAGUUUUCCCCAGCUGAAAGCAACAAGAAGUCGAAAUCAAAUGCAAAGAAAGUGAGUGGGCCAGAAUCGGUACAUGGUAUGGGCCAGGGGAAGUUCUCAAAUCAAAUACUCAAGAAUUGUCGUGCUUUGCUUGAAAGAUUGAUGAAGCACAAGCAUGGUUGGGUGUUUAACCAGCCUGUUGAUACAAAGGGUCUUGGUUUACAUGACUAUUUUGACAUUAUUAAGAAUCCAAUGGAUUUGGGAACCGUGAAGUCCAGGCUGGAUACAAAUUGCUACAAGUCUCCUAAAGACUUUGCCGAGGAUGUGAGACUUACGUUUCAAAAUGCUAUGACGUAUAAUCCAAAGGGCCAAGAUGUUCAUAUGAUGGCCGAGCAACUUUCCAAGAUAUUUGAGGAAAAGUGGGCCACUAUAGAGGCUGAUUAUAUGCGCGAGUUGAGAUUGACAAUGGACUCUGAGGUGAGUUUGCAGACUCCUAAAUCUAAGAAGCCUCAUUCCCAACCAUUGCCACCCCCUGUAAUGAGGAGGACUUUAGACAGGUCAGAAUCAACAUCCAAUCCCUUUGAUUUGAAGACUAAAGCUGUCGCUCUCCCCCAAUCCGGAAGGACCCCUGUACCAAAGAAGCCGAAAGCAAAGGAUCCCAAUAAAAGAGAGAUGACAUAUGAUGAAAAGCAAAAGCUUAGCACAAGCCUACAGAAUUUACCUUCUGGAAAACUUGAACAGGUAGUACAGAUCAUCAAAAAGAGGAAUUCAUCUCUUUGCCAACAGGAUGAUGAGAUUGAAGUGGAUAUUGAUAGUGUUGAUACUGAGACCCUAUGGGAGCUCGACAGGUUUGUUACCAAUUACAAGAAGAGCUUGAGCAAGAACAAAAGAAAAGCUGGACUUGCAGAUCAAGGAAAAAGUGAAGCUGAGAAGAAUGUCCAGGAGAAGAAUGCUAACCCAGUUGUGGUAGAAAUUCCAAAAGAAAGCAAAGCAGUAGAAGAGAAAGGCACUUCCUCCAAUCCUGCUCAAAUGGAAAAUGUUAGUCAAGCAAGCAGCUGUAGCACUGACUCAGUGUCAUCAUCAAGUGAUUCUGAUAGCGAAAACUCUUCAGUAGGUGGAUCUGAUGCAGAUCAUUCACCAAAGAGUUGAUUCUGUUGUCCAGAUAUAAUGUUCUCUCUUUCAAAGUCUUAUGAUUUCAAGUUCUACGAGCAUACUGAUGUCGUCCUUCAAUUAAGAGGGUGCUGUUGGUGGUAAUGGCAUAUGCUGUCUGGUCUCAAAUUGUAUAAUAGUAGCCUGUAGUUUGUAGCUUAUGUACAUUCGCUUGUGGAUCUCUAAUUUGUGCAGUUUGAAGUCAUAUUUUUCUAGUGAUUGGAUCACUUGAAUGUGGUAGAACUUUAUCUGUCCUACUCGUAACAUUAAAGAUGCUCUGUACAUAUGUUAAUAAAGUAGUAAUAAGUCAAUCAGGACAAUUAACUAA